GAGCCAAUUCCGGCCGCGCCGGAAGUCUCUACUGCGGAAAGCUGUGAGGUUACUCUGUUCGUAAGCUCCCAGUGACUAUUGCGUUUCACAGGCUCGGAAGAAAGGUUGGACAAGGGUUUACUGGCGAUUGACAAGUACUUGGGGUAGUGAAAAGCAGGAUUUGGAACAUGGAUAGCCGCUUGCAGGAGAUCCGGGAGCGGCAGAAGUUACGGCGACAGCUCCUCGCGCAGCAGUUGGGAGCUGAAAGUGCCGACAGCAUUGGUGCCGUGUUAAAUAGCAAAGAUGAGCAGAGAGAAAUUGCUGAAACCAGAGAAACUUGCAGGGCUUCCUAUGAUACCUCUGCUCCAAAUGCAAAACGUAAGUAUCUGGAUGAAGGAGAGACAGAUGAAGACAAAAUGGAAGAAUAUAAGGAUGAACUAGAAAUGCAACAGGAUGAAGAAAAUUUGCCAUAUGAAGAAGAGAUUUACAAAGAUUCUAGUACUUUUCUUAAGGGAACACAGAGCUUAAAUCCCCAUAAUGAUUACUGCCAACAUUUUGUAGACACUGGACAUAGACCUCAGAAUUUCAUCAGGGAUGUAGGUUUAGCUGACAGAUUUGAAGAAUAUCCUAAACUGAGGGAGCUCAUCAGGCUAAAGGAUGAGUUAAUAGCUAAAUCUAACACUCCUCCUAUGUACUUACAAGCCGAUAUAGAAGCCUUUGACAUCAGAGAACUAACACCCAAAUUUGAUGUGAUUCUUCUGGAACCCCCUUUAGAAGAAUAUUACAGAGAAACUGGCAUCACUGCUAAUGAAAAAUGCUGGACUUGGGAUGAUAUUAUGAAGUUAGAAAUUGAUGAGAUUGCAGCACCUCGAUCAUUUAUUUUUCUCUGGUGUGGUUCUGGGGAGGGGUUGGACCUUGGAAGAGUGUGUUUACGAAAAUGGGGUUACAGAAGGUGUGAAGAUAUUUGUUGGAUUAAAACCAAUAAAAACAAUCCUGGGAAGACUAAGACUUUAGAUCCAAAGGCUGUCUUUCAGAGAACAAAGGAACACUGCCUCAUGGGGAUCAAAGGAACUGUGAAGCGUAGCACAGACGGGGACUUCAUUCAUGCUAAUGUUGACAUUGACUUAAUUAUCACAGAAGAACCUGAAAUUGGCAAUAUAGAAAAACCUGUAGAAAUUUUUCAUAUAAUUGAGCAUUUUUGUCUUGGUAGAAGACGCCUUCAUCUGUUUGGAAGAGAUAGUACAAUUCGACCAGGCUGGCUCACCGUUGGACCAACGCUUACAAAUAGCAACUACAAUGCAGAAACAUAUGCAUCCUAUUUCAGUGCUCCUAAUUCGUACUUGACUGGUUGUACAGAAGAAAUUGAGAGACUUCGACCAAAAUCACCUCCUCCCAAAUCUAAAUCUGACCGAGGAGGUGGAGCUCCCAGAGGUGGAGGAAGAGGUGGAACUUCUGCUGGCCGUGGACGAGAAAGAAAUCGAUCUAACUUCCGAGGAGAAAGAGGUGGCUUUAGAGGGGGCCGUGGAGGAGCACACAGAGGUGGCUUUCCACCUCGAUAAUUGUUGAAGACAUUGAACCUAUUCAUCCUCCUCUAACCUUCUUUAUUGCAAUUAAAUUUCAAGUGGGAGACUUAACUUUAGAACUCACUUCCAGCUUGCACUUUGCUUUAAUUUCUCUGAGCUGCAGGGUCUUAGCCAGCCUCGCUUGCAGUUGUCACACACACUGUCUAGUUUUUUUCAGGAUAAAUGAAUGAUUCUGCCUUUUGUUAUGUGCAUGAACAGAAUGGAACAACUCAAGUAGCGUCAUCUUCAGAGACUGAAUUUAUUCUGAUAGAUUUCAACUAAUUACAAAGGAUUUUGCUAAUUUUGGGGAAUAAAUAAUGGAAAAA